CAGCUCCCGCCUCGGCUCAGGGCUUGCGGCCCUUCCUGGCGCCGGCGCCGGCGAGUUCCCGAUUCGGGGGCCUGUCGACGGGCCAAUGGCCACCUUCGCAACCGCCGCGCUCCGGGGACUGACGCGCUCCGUGCCCGUGCUGAGACCGACUUCGCGGUGGCUGCCACGAAGGAACCACCACUUGACCCCUGUGGAUGAUGAGUUUUUCCAGAGGACCACCAUUACCUUGCUGGAGAAAGAUUCACCUCACAUUAUGUACAUAGAUACCUACAGCCCCCGGGGCUUUACUGUCAAUGGCAACCGCGUUGUGGGGCCCUGUGCCUUGGUCCCCCACUCUGUCAUGCAGUGGAAUGUGGGAAGCCAUCGGGAUAUCACCGAAGAGAGCUUCUCCCUUUUCUGGAUGUUAGAGCCUAAAAUUGAAAUUGUAGUGGUGGGCACUGGUGACCGCAUGGAAAAAGUCCAGCCAGAGAUUUUGAAGGCCAUGAGGAAGCGUGGAAUUGCUGUUGAGGUCCAGGACACACCCAAUGCCUGUGCUACCUUCAACUUCCUGUGCAAUGAGGGUCGGAUGGCAGGUGCUGCCCUCAUUCCCCCACCUGGAGGCUCCCCAGCUGUAGCUCCAUCCUCUCAUGUAGAAUAAACUAUUGCUAAUCUUG